CUACUAACACUUUUGUGCGAGACGACAUCACGUUCGAAACGAUACCAGGGAGCGUAGCGGGCAAUCUCUCGGUUCGCGCAUGCGCGUCACUAGGGGAGGCGGUUGUGGCGGGCGUACCGUUGAGCGAGAAACGAAUCUUUGUCAAGUUCUGACGCAACCUUAUGCUGAAGGCGGCUGAAGUACUUCCGGGUCGCCACCGGUAACCACUUCCUGGCGCGAAGUCAUGUCUACGUUGUUUCCCUCACUACUUCCCCGUGUCACUGAGUCCUUGUGGUUUAACUUGGACCGACCCUGUGUGGAUGAAAAUGAGCUACAGCAGCAAGAGCAGCAGCAUCAGGCCUGGCUCCAGAGUAUUGCUGAGAGAGACAACAACUUAGUACCCAUUGGGAAACCAGCUUCAGAGCACUAUGAUGACGAGGAAGAAGAGGAUGAUGAGGAUGACGAGGACAGUGAGGAAGACUCAGAAGAUGAUGAGGACAUGCAGGACAUGGAUGAAAUGAAUGAUUAUAAUGAGUCCCCUGAUGAUGGGGAAAUCAAUGAGGUGGAUAUGGAAGGUGCUGAGCAGGACCAGGACCAGUGGAUGAUCUAGCAGGGACUGACAGGACAAUGCUGCACACCGGACCCCAGAGCUGUCUUCUCUCUCUGGGUCUCUUGGGUACAGGGCAGUUACCCACUGAAGCCCCAAGAGUUGCUUGGCUGGGCUGCUGGACCUCCUCCACCCACUUCCCAGCCUCCACCUCCUAACCCCUUUAAUAAAGACACAAAGUGGUUUCUUUUCAAAGUC